AUGCCGCCGCCGGCAGACAUCGUGAAGGUGGCCAUCGAGUGGCCGGGGGCGUUCCCCAAGCUCAUGGAGAUAGAUCAGAAAAAGCCUCUCUCCGCUAUCAUCAAAGAAGUGUGUGAUGGAUGGUCUCUGGGGAACCCCGAAAGCUUUGCUCUGCAAAUUGCUGACGCAACCAAUUUCUACAUCACUGAAAAGAAUCGCAACGAUAUCAAGAACGGCUCAAUCCUGCGUUUGACCACCUCUCCGUACCAGACCGCCGUCCAGCUUCAUGAACGGAUCCAGUCCUCCAGCAUGGACGCCAAGCUGGAGGCCCUGAAGGACCUGGCCAACGCCUCCCGAGACAUUACCUUUGCGCAGGAGUUCAUCAACCUGGACGGCAUCUCCCUGCUCACCCAGAUGGUGGAGAGCGGGACUGAUAUCUCCAUCUUCCCCGUGUGGCGCUAUCAGAAACUACAGAAGAUUAUGAAGCCCUGUUUCGGCGACCUGCUCUCCUUCACUCUGACGGCCUUCGUGGAGCUGAUGGAUCACGGGAUCGUCUCCUGGGACACGUUUUCUUUGGCCUUCAUCAAAAAGAUUGCCAGCUACGUGAACAAGUCGGCCAUGGACACGGCGGUUCUGCAGCGCUCCCUGGCCAUCCUGGAGUCCAUGGUGCUGAACAGUCAGGAUCUCUACCACAAGGUGGCACAAGAGAUCACCAUAGGGCAACUCAUCCCGCAUCUCCAGGGAAGCGAUCAAGACAUCCAAACUUACACUAUUGCGGUCAUCAAUGCUCUGUUCCUCAAAGCCCCCGAGGAAAAGAGACAGUUUGACGAGCACAUUGUGGACAUCCUAAAAUGUCCUCUGACAGAGAUGGCCCAUAUCCUUGCCCAGAAGCAGCUGCGCUCCAUCAUUCUUACUAAUGUGAUCCGCAGCAACACCACCAUUAACGAUGAGAUGGCACAUCAGCUCUAUGUGCUGCAGGUGCUAAAUUUUAACCUGCUGGAGGACCGCAUGAUGACCAAGAUGGAUCCUCAGGACCAGGCACAGAGAGACAUCAUUUUUGAGCUGCGGAGAAUCGCCUUUGAUGUGGAGUGCGAGCCCAACAACAGCGGCAGCAUCGAAAAGCGCAAGUCCAUGUACACCCGCGACUACAAGAAACUCGGCUUCAUUAACCACGUCAACCCAGCUGUGGAUUUCACCCAGAUCCCUCCAGGCAUGCUGGCUCUGGAUAACAUGCUCUACUUUGCCAGACACCACCAGGAUGCCUACAUCAGGAUCGUUCUGGAGAACAGCAGCAGAGAGGACAAGCACGAGUGUCCGUUCGGCCGCAGCAGCAUCGAGCUGACCAAGAUGCUCUGCGAGAUUCUGAAAGUGGGCGAGCUUCGAAGCCGCCACAUCCCAGAGAUGUCAUGA